AUGUCCCAAAAAUCAACGCGUCAGCAAAAACAACCUGCUCUUGCUCCUCGUAGAUUACAUUGUAAACUUGAAAAUCACCGAGGUCCUGUUCACGUAGCAACUUAUGCCAAGGGGGAGGCCAAGUAUGUUUUGACUGGCGGACAAGAUAGAACUAUCCGCCUCUGGAACCCCGAAUCGGGUAGUGAGAUCAAGAAAUAUGAAGGACACGGGUACGAGGUUUUGUCGAUUAGCGUCGCACAUGACAACGCAAGGUUUGCGUCUGGAGGAGGAGAUAGGAGUGUUUACCUCUGGAGCGUCACCGCAGGCGUUACUGAACGUCGAAUGCCCGGUCAUUUGGGGAAAAUCAAUGCUGUGGCAUUUAACGCAGAUGCCUCUGUGCUCGCAAGUGGUUCCUACGACUCAUCGGUAAGAUUAUGGGAUCUGAAAGCACAGAGCCGAACACCGAUCCAAGUUCUCGGCGAAGCUAAGGACAGUAUUACAUGUCUUCAUGUCGGAGCUGCGGAGAUAAUAACGGGAUCCGUUGAUGGACAUGUACGGACAUACGAUAUGAGGAUGGGUGAAUUGAAGAGCGAUUUUAUAGGACCGCCAAUCUCCUCAAUUUCCCCGUCCAUAGACAAUCAAACACUCUUGGUUUGCACACUCGACUCGAAAUUACGACUCAUGGACCGAGCGAAUGGGCAGAUGUUGAACACAUUCUCAGGGCAUGUUAGUAAUGACUAUCGCACCCACGCAUGCUUUGGUCACGGCGAGGGUAGCGUCUUGUGCGGAGACGAGCAGGGAAAGAUAUGGGAAUGGGAUCUACUCGAUGCCAAGGCUGUUGAGCCAGAUCCCACUAAAGUCCAUGACAAAGUGAUUAGCUGGGUCGAGCAUCAUCCACUGGAAUCUGGAGAGAUGUUCGACAUUUAUUCAUUUGAACCAAUGAUCACGAGCAUCCCUCUGGAAAUUAUUGCAUCGCGUCAAAGCGACGAGGGGCUUCCCCGUUCUUCAUCUAGAUUGUCUGGUACGGCCCUAAGCGUGCAGCACGUUCCAAUAUCAACUCAACAACAAGCCAGUAGUCCUAUGCCUGCCCAAAGUUUUCCCCGACAUGGUAGUAUCACUAAUGAACAAAUGACUACUGCGGGUGUUGCCAGUGAGGAUGGGGUCGAGAACGAGGAAACCUCAAAUUCUAUGGCUGAAUCAAGCAACAUUCCGCCUGCCGAUCGUGGUCUUCAAGCCUGGCUAUAUCUUAUCGGUGCUUUUGUAGUAGAGACGCUGGUCUGGGGAUUCCCCAACUCUUUCGGUGUCUUCCUUGGUUACUACUCCAAGAUGUACCAGGGAGAGAAAGGCGCCGAGCUGCUGCUCCCUUUAGCAGGUACACUCUGCUCAGGUAUUGACUUUCGUGAUUUCGGACUACCCUACGUUUUGUUCGGCUGGGCUUUGAGACCUAUCAUCUAUCCUAUUGUUGCGCGUUAUCCUUCACAGCGUCGUACCAGCAUGUGGGUUGGUAAUUUUAUUUGCUUUGGAAGCCUUUUUGGAGCUAGCUUUGUCAAAAAGCCUUGGCAAAUUGUGUUGCUCCAAGGUGGAGGGUAUGGCUUAGGAGGCUCUCUGCUCUACGCUCCUACCGUUUCCUACAUGUCAGAAUGGUUCUAUGUGCGCAGAGGCCUUGCCAAUGGAGUAAUGAAUGCUGGCACGGCUGUUGGCGGUCUCAUUCUACCCCUGGUCUUGCCUUCAAUUAUUAGGCCGUAUGGAACAUCCUCAACCUUGCGCUACCUGUCCAUCGUUGUUUUCGCUCUGCUCUCCGCCGUUUUGCCUUUCAUUCGUCCUAGGCUUCCCGAAGAUCGUGUUCGUCGCAUAGCCACGACUUCUAGGACAAAGUGGUCCACCAACAAAUCCUUUUGGCUGUUGCUUUGUGUUACAGCAUUACAGGGAUUCGCAUACUUUCUUCCUAUCGUUUACCUCCCAACGUUUGCCCAGGAUAUGAUGCUGAGCGAUAGCCAGGCCUCAUUGACAUUGGCUCUCCUCAAUGGUUCGUCUUUAAUCAGCCGAAUUGCUCUAGGGCACCUCUCGGAUAUUCUCAAUCCAUGGGUACUCGCUACAUCGACACUUGCUGCAACUUCGGCUGCGACAUUUGUCCUGUGGGGCGCGUUAGUGACCACGAUAGGGACACUAAGUGCAUACUCGAUACUUUUCGGUGCACUGGCUGGCGGCUUUUCAAGUCUUUGGACUGGGUUUGUACGGCCUAUUGCAAGAGAUGAUACUACUGCAGCAACAAGCAUGCUUGGCAUGCUGAUGCUGUCGCGAGGACUUGGCAAUGUGCUAAGCACACCAAUAUCGUCGGUGCUUAUUGGCGGAUCUAUGCGUGAUUAUGCCCACUCUGGACUACAGAAUGGCAGUCGGUGGGCAAGUUUGAUUAUCUAUAUUGGCACAGUAUUUGCGGGUGCUACAUCCAUCGGAUUGUUCGGGUGGCUAAGAGACAGAAACACGCGAUCAUUCCUUGCACACUAA